UUGAGUCUUUAUUUUGAAAAUUCACACACAAAUCCUUUCCAAAGAAAUUCUUCCUCUUCUUUCCUCCUGUUGACUUCUCUCAAAUUGCCUACUAUUUUAAUCACUCUUAUCAUUUCCAUUUUUAUUCAUCUAAGAAAUUUUCCUUAUUUGUUUUCCUUUUCUCCCUGUCACCCUCUUCCUCACUCUGUUUCUACAACUAUGAAAUAAGCAGCUGAUUAGUUGGGCGCGCCGAUCUUCGGGACUCAAAAUUUAUGUAAAGAAGAGGCUCAAGAUUGAUAUAAGAUCUUGCAAUUAGGUCUCAUUUCAUCUGGCAAAAUGGAGAGAACAACCCCUUCAAUUUUAUGUAGUCUCUUUUUUAUUGCAUUGAUCCUACUUCUACCAGAACUUUCAGUGGGUGAGCCAAGAUCUCAGACAGUCCAGAUCAUAUGUGGAAAACAAAUCGAGCAAAAUACAACGAUUUUUGUCCCAAACUUUGUUGCCACAAUGGAAACUAUAAGUCAGCAAAUGAGGACUAGAGGAUAUGGAGUAGCAGUUAAUGGAACUGGACCCAACACUAACUAUGGACUGGCGCAAUGCUAUGGCGAUCUUUCUUUACUUGACUGUGUCUUAUGCUAUGCUGAAGCGCGAACCGUUCUGCCCCAGUGCUUCCCUUAUAACGGAGGGAGAAUCUAUCUUGAUGGCUGCUUUAUGCGAGCAGAGAAUUACACAUUCUAUGACCAGUACUUAGGUCCAGAGGACAGGCAUGUAUGUGGAAAUAGGACCACAAAAGGUUCUUUGUUCCAACAGACUGCCCGGCGAGCUGUUCAGCAAGCGGUUGCAAAUGCACCGAGUAAUAAUGGCUAUGCACGUGCUGAAGUGCCAGUGCCCGGGCCUUCCAACGAGACAGCUUAUGUUCUUGCUGAUUGCUGGAAGACACUGAGCGCAAACGCCUGCACAGCAUGUUUACAAAGUGCAUCUGCUUCCAUGUUGGGAUGCUUACCUUGGUCAGAAGGUCGAGCGUUGUACACUGGAUGCUUCAUGAGAUAUUCUGAUACAAAUUUUCUCAAUGCUAUUUCUACAAGCGGAGGCUCAUCGUCAGGAGGAAAAGUUGUAGUCAUUGUAAUUGUUGUUGUUAGUUCUGUGAUAGUCUUGGCAGUAGGUGCUGUCAUUGGUAUUUAUAUCUGGAAGAACAAACAAAUCCAGAAGAAGAGAAAAGGUGCAAAGGAUGCGGAGAAACUAGUUAAGAUCCUUCACGACAGCAGCUUGAACUUCAAAUAUUCCACACUUGACAAAGCCACAGGGUCAUUCGACGAGGCCAACAAGCUCGGGCAAGGUGGAUUUGGCACAGUUUAUAAGGGUGUUCUGCAAGAUGGGAGAGAGAUUGCGGUCAAAAGACUGUUCUUCAACAACAAACACAGAGCUGCAGAUUUCUAUAAUGAGGUUAACAUAAUUAGUAGUGUUGAGCACAAAAACUUGGUAAGGUUAUUGGGAUGCAGCUGCUCAGGACCGGAAAGCCUUCUCGUAUAUGAGUUCCUCCCUAACCAGAGUCUUGAUCGCUUCAUCUUUGACUCUAACAAAGGUAAAGCUUUAAACUGGGAGAAAAGAUUUGAGAUAAUUAUAGGGACUGCAGAAGGUUUGGUAUACCUCCACGAAAACACAAAGAAUCGAAUAAUUCACAGAGACAUAAAAGCAAGCAAUAUACUGUUGGACUCGAGGCUCCGUGCAAAAAUUGCUGAUUUUGGGUUGGCUAGGUCAUUCCAAGAAGACAAGAGUCACAUAAGCACUGUUAUUGCUGGCACAUUAGGAUAUAUGGCUCCGGAAUACUUAGCACAUGGCCAAUUAACGGAGAAAGUAGAUGUUUACAGCUUCGGAGUUCUUCUACUGGAGAUUGUUACGGGAAGGCAAAAUAACAGGAGCAAAAACGCAGAAUAUACGGACAGCUUAGUUUCCAUUGCAUGGGAACACUUUCAACGUGGGACAACGGAGGAACUGUUCGAUCCAAAUCUCAUGCUGCAUAACUACCAUACAAUCAAUGUGAAAAAUGAGGUGCUGAGAGUGUUACAUGUAGGACUUCUAUGCACUCAAGAAAUCGCGACGUUAAGGCCAUACAUGUCUAAGGCAUUACAGAUGCUCGUCAAGAAAGAAGAAGAGUUGCCUCCACCUACUAAUCCGCCUUUUAUAGAUGAGAAAACCAUGGAACUUCAUGACCCUCGGGAGAAGUACUCAAACGACCCGCUUAGAGAAGGCGAUUCUGCUUCGGUUGCCACCUUAUCUAACAGCGGUUUUUAUCCCAGAUGAUCUCCUGAAACUGAUAUAAAAAAAAUUCCAUCUCAAGCAUCAUAUCAGAUAGUUGCUUUAAUCAUUUUGUUCAUAGUUAGAGAUGUUUGCACCAAUCAAGGGGGAUCAUAUCACCCUAAUAGAGUUGCUGUUUACAUGACCAGAAAGAGAAAUCAGAAAUACUUGAUUUCAAACUUACAGUGAUAUUUAUGGAAUCUAAAUGUAGAAUUUCAUGUGUGUGAAUUUAUGUAUUUGCUUAUA